AAUGGUCACGGAAGCCCCGGUGAACAUAGCCCCCUCUGAGUGCAGCCCUGCCGGCCGCAGCCCCGCGGACAGCUUCAUUUGGCAGCCAGACUCGCCAAGCAUGCACGUCGUCAGGCCCAAGUCCGCCAAGGGUCGGACCCGGCCCAGGCUGCAGCCCGCGGGCCCCCACGGCACGCCCUCCUCUGCGCCCCCAGCCAUUCCCUGCGAGGUGCCAAGUAGCCAGAAACCCGGAGCCUGCACACCCAGAUCGCCACCUCAGGGCGCUCCCGAUGAGAUCCCUGAGCUGCUGCAGCUGGCGCCCGUGGGAGCCUCCUCCUCCCUCAAUAGAUACCCAGUCCUUCCGUCCAUCCACAGGAAGGCGCUGGAGGAGGGGGCUGUGGAGACAGUCGCUAAGAAGGCUGGCUCCCUGCAGCUGAGCGGCGUCCAGGCUCUUGACCAAGAGGACUCCUGCACCAUGAAGACCAGUGGCGAAGACUCCAGGCCUCAAGCUUGUUCCCAGGAAAGGAAGCCCAUUGUCCAAACCAAGAACCAGAGCUCGUCCAGGCCGGGAGAUCUGGAGGAACCAUCCGACCGAGAGCCCAGGCUGCUGCUUGCUGUCCGAUCGCCGUCCGGCCGCAGGUUUGUCCACCAUUUCCGGCCGACUGACGACUUGCAGACGGUGGUCGCUGUGGCUGAACACAAGAACAAGACCACCUACCAGCACUGCAGCAUUGAAACCAUGGAGGUGCCCAGGAGAUGCUUCUCUGACCUCACCAAGUCUCUGCAGGAGUGCAGAAUCUCCCACAAGUCUGUGCUGGGCAUCUCACAGCAGGGUGCGGAGGGCUGGCCCUGA